CAGCAUAGGUUAGUAUUUUAUAAACUGCAAAUGAGUUUAAGUUUGGAAAUGAAUAACUGUUACUCUUUGCUAAGACAGACCAAAGUCUGCCCAUCUCCUAGCCAUUUUCUUCAGGCUUCUAAAGGUCAGGCCAGUUAUUUGUGUGUGCUUUCAUGCAUAUGCGAGAUGGCUUGGUUUCCACUGAGAGGAGGAAAAUUAUGUACCUGGUCUUUGUAAUGUACAGGCUCUAUUUACAAGGAAUAAGUUGUCGUCAUAAUGACUAUUUUGCUCCUAAAAAAAGAAGUGAGCAAUGGUGUAGUUGCUUGUUACAUCUGAUGUGAAGGAGACUGCUCAGAAUUGUAAGGACUCUUUUGUCGACUCCAGCAGGAAAACAACCUUGAGUUACUGUUUUAACAGAUCAAAGGUCAAUUUUCUGGGAUGCCUUGGGCGGAGUCUUAUCUUGGGAGCCCCUAUGUUGAUGGUCUCUUGGAAUGUGAAAUAGCUCAGGAACUGAUACUUAAAUAGCACCAGCCUCCUCCAGUGUCAGAGAGAGGCAAACUGGGAAGACAGAGAGAAGGGCUUUGCCAUGAUCCAGGAGAAGUUGAUAGAGAUUCUGCCCAGGGAUGGGCUAUAUCCUCAGGCUGCUCUUGCUGUUGCCUGUGGCUCGGCAGCAGCGGUUGUAGUUUGGAAAUGGGUGGCCCGCAAAAGGAUUCUGCAGAAGAUGGAAGAGGCCAGGCAAUGGCGAGACGACAGCUUGGAACAAAUGGAAAAAAUGAUUUGGAAAUUUAAACAGAAGGUAACUUUUAAUUGGGGUGGGGUGCAGGGGAAAGAGAUGGAGGCCUCUUCUGAAAAUGAGAUCUUCCUCGAACAACACUUUUAAUGGCUGUGAUCAUGUCUAGCUGAGAGCACUCCAGUCCGGUUUGCUAGGGAUCGUGUCCACUUUGUGCAGUUCAAAUAAAACUUGGGACCUUUUGGAUGCAAAGCAAGCACUCCUGCACUGAGCUAAUGCUGAGUCCCUAAGACGGACAGCAUCUUGUGCGCCUCAUUCUGGCAAUUCCUGCAGCUAAGCUGGUGCCCAGUGUAUUGCUUUCCUUUCCUUUGGACCACAUCAGUGAGGCUGAGAGGGGGGUCUUGUCGUCUGGGCAGCCCAGGGCCUCCAUGACACUGCCUAGGCUUGAUGCCAGAUAGGUCACUCUGGUGCUGCUAAUUCAGCAAAAACAAGGCAGGAGGCAGCAGUUACAAGUUACUGGUCUCUUCAGUAGUUUUUUGUUUUUUUUUAAAGUAUGGGGACAAAUGGAUUUUUACUGCAUAAUCCAGUCCCAUAACCAUUCAAAAUGACUUUUAAAAGUCACCAGAGUAUCUCCCACAUUCUUCCAAUAUUCUUCCUACUUUUAAAAGUCACCAGAGUAUCUCCCACAUUCUUCCAAUACUAGCUUGAGAGUGGGUCUGUCAGGCCAUUUGGGCUGGUUUCGGCUUUUGAACCCAGGAUCUUGGUGCCCAAAUUGUUAGGAUUAGCAUGUUUGCAGCAGUAUCCAAAGUCUGUCUCUUAACAGCAAAUCUCUUUUCUGAAACUGCUGGUCACAGGCAGGCUACAGUCCUGCAUUUGUGGGUGGAGGAACAUGCAUUAAAAGUUGGGAGGCUGAUGGUGAUAGUUCUGCUGCACUUACUCAAGAGUUCAUAAUCCCAUAAAUAAACAGGAAUAACAAGCUGGUGAUCCAGAGUUUGACUGUGACUCUGAAGGGGACUGUAGAUUAGUGUUUAACAGAUUUGGCAAAUAUUCCAACAUUGCUUCAAGCUCCUGACUUCAAGUGUACACACUAAUCUGAGCAAGAUCAAGAUAGGAGAAACAAUUGAAAUGGGGAGUUGGGGCCUCAUUACAGGCAGCAUCAAUGUCCCUAUCUGCAACACAUGUCCCAUUUUGAUUGCAUCAUCACCUGCAUCAUCAUAGCACUCACUGGGAAAUCAACAUUGUAAUAGGACUGUAUGAAGACCUUGCAAAUUCUGUACUGUUAAGAUAAAGUGGGACUUUGCUACCACCUGUUGCAGUGCAUUCUUUGGAGUCCUUUUAUUCAGAACUCUGCAACCGAGAAACCAGAGACAGGCUUUGUUCAUGUGAAUAAAUAGAUAUGAAUGGUUAUUUGGUUGGUUGGUUAUGUGUGUGUCGUCUGGGCAGCCCAGGGCCUCCGUAACACACAAGCACACACACACAGAGUGGCCCACCCUCUCUUGCUGUGACCAUGUCCACAGCUAAUAUGUCCACAGCCUUAGUAAGUUCUGACAAAGGCAAUACAGACCCCAACAGACAAAAAGGCGUGAAAUGGCAGAAGACCUUGAGCUGUUUUGGGUGCCUUUUUAGAAAUGUAUUUCUCUCUUAAUAUAUCUAUGUACCUCUGCUUGACUAAGGAAUUCCCCAAGGAAAUAGAAAUCUUUACCUUAUUUUAGGGAUUGCUUCCAAAUGGAUAGGCACUCAACCUUGGUUUACUUUUUGAGGAACUUAUGACUGAUGCAUGUACAAUGUCUGUAAUUUCUACUUUAGUUUUUGUUGCUAUUUUGUUUUGGUUAUUGUUUCCUGGACCUAUCAUGGAAAAAAUUAACCAUUUAAAAACAACAACAACAACAACUGAUGGGACUGCAUUCUGGUUUCACAAUUUUGAGCUUGUGACCAAAGUGACUUUUAUAAUUUGGGGCUAUUCCCAAUGUGUGAGGAUAAGCAUUUCCUUCUGACACAGCUGCCUCCUCUUGCAGAACCCUGGAGUCCAGUCAGAAUUUAUUCUCUCCCUGUCGCUUGUGGAACUGGCAGAGAAACUUAGAGAGGAGACGCUUUCUCCAGAAAGUGUCCUGUAUACCUAUGUAAAGAAGGUGAGUGCAACUGCUUCAGCAGGAAGCCUUCUGACAUACUUCUGUUCAACCAAGUGACUUUCCAGAUAAUGCACCAUUUUUAUGUACUAAUUGGUAGCUGUUGCUCAUUUGGUCCCAGGGGCUCUGUCAAUGUAGUGUGUCUGUUAUAGGGAUAUCUAUCCCCCCCUCACCCUUUAAACCUUUUCCAAUGUCCUCAUUUUACAAAGGGUAUAGGGGAAAAAAAUAUCAAGUAACAGAUAGUGCUGAAGGUUUGAAAUGUAUUGGAGCUCAUAGGAGAACAAUGCCUGUCACCUGAUGCUGCAGAGCAUGGCUAUGACUGUGCCAUUAGGCAGGAGUGAGUAAGUGCUGGUUCCUGGACCAAUUGCUGCCAUCCCAGACCACUGUCACGCCCCUUAGCACUCUCCCAGUGCCAGUGUGGUGUAGUGGUUAAGAGCGGUAGACUCGUAAUCUGGGGAACCGGGUUUGCAUCUCUGCUCCUCCACAUGCAGCUGCUGGGUGACCUUGGGCUAGUCACACUUCUUUGAAGCCUCUCAGCCUCACUCACCUCACAGAGUGUUUGUUGUGGGGAAGGAAGGGAAAGGAGAAUGUUAGCCGCUUUGAGACUCCUCCGGGUAGUGAUAAAGCGGGAUAUCAAAUCCAAACUCUUCUUCUUCUCCCCAGGCCAUUCACAUCACAACGGCCCUGUUCCAUGCUCAAAUGAUUUUAUCUGGCUGGAAUGUGUUAUUGAAAUGUGAUCAUGCCUUUUUCUUGCCUGGCUGGAGAGAGAUGUGUGUCUUCUUGUAUACCCAAAAUGUGAUGCAGUGGACAAAGGUCACAUACUUUACUCCACCCAUUUUUGACUCUGACCCAACCUAUGUGGCUCCUGGAAGGUUACCCAUGAGGGAAUAUGGCCCUUGAGCUACAGAGUCCCCCAGCCUGCACUGGCUCAACUCUUAAUGAAUUUGUACCAAAUUCUGGGUCAUCUAAAUCUCAAUUAUGCUUUUACUGGGCCAAAAUGACUGACAUGACUUUUAAGUUUGUUAAACUUAGGAGCUGCAAGUAGCAAAUUAACAGUCUUCUACCUUCCAAGGUUUUUGACAAUGAUGACAUUUUGAACUCACUGCAGAGAUACCUUUUUUAUAAUGUGAAUGCUCUCUUUCUCCCUAUUUUCCCUCCUCCUCCUCCUCCUCCUUGGCAAGGCUCUUGAAGUGACCCAGGAGGUGAACUGUGUGACUGAUUUUAUUCACGGCUGUGAGGAACAGCUCCAGGAAGUGAAGAAGCAAAAGGAGAAAGGCCUGCUGUAUGGGAUUCCUGUCAGCAUUAAGGACCACAUUGGAUGCAAGGUUAAUCCCCCUUUUACCCUUAAAUGUGGUCACCACUUUCCUUAUGAUGAUCUGUCUGUGCAUCAGUUGUGAUGUUGAUUGGUUCAACGUAAUCAUUACUUCUCCCCUCUCACAGCAGCUUCAGCUAACAUACAGGGUAUGGCCCAUUUAAUUUUGGCCAUUGUGGAACUCUAGAGAAGGGAGAUAACUGAAAUGGAGUACAGCAUGAUCACAUUCCAAUGAAAUAUAUAUAUACAUUUCCAAAUUUGGCAUACAUAAUUGUGUGUGCAUGUGCACAUCUACAGAUAUGAGUGCAUAUUACAUGGAUUGCCUGGUUCCGCUCACUAUGAAUGCACAAAUGUUAAGGUUGAAAUAGCUCUUUUUAAAAUGACUCCAGUAUGGUGUAGAAAUUAGCAUGUCAGAGUAUGGCUGAGGCAACUCGAAUUCAAAUCCUUGCUCCCCUGUGAGGCUCACUUUGGGCCAGCCCCUGUCUCUUAGCCUAAACUACUCCACAGGUAUUGUUGGGUGGAUAAAUAUGGGGAGGAGAGUCAUUUUCUUCCAUUGUGAGUUCUUUGGAGGAAAGGUGGGAUAUAUAACAAAUCAAAUGAAUGAAUGUUUGAGAAUUGUAAUUGGGUGCUAGGGUAUAAUAUAGUCAAGAAUCCAUUCUAAUUCUGUAUAUUAUUAUGAUUAUGAUUAUUAUUAAAAACUUGCUCCUAGUCCAUGGCAGGCCGUCAGGGUGGGCCUUGGCUAAUUAAAUAAUAUAUGGCCAUUGGCUAAUUAAAUAUAUUAUGGCCCUUUAAACUGUGGGUAGAGUAUUUUGUUUGUUUGUUACUAUGUUGUGUAUGUUUGUUACUAUGUUGUCAUGUGAUCCUCACAUGAAGGAUGGUGUAGAAAUUCAAUCCAUCCAUCCAUCCAUCAAUCAAUCAAUAAGUCAAUGUCUUCUAUCAGGGCCAUUCCCCCUGGGAUCUGGGAAAGCUUUCUUUGUUUCAUGGCAUCUGUUUUACCAACAAGGCUUAACAGUUUCGUUCUUGGGCCAAGCCACAUAGCUCUAGACUUGUUUGCCCCAUCAUGUUAAAUCGGCUGUGUUUGGUUUCCCCCCAAAGGGCCACAUCUCCACGUGUGGGUUGGUGCACUUUCUUGGCAAAGUGGAAAAGGAUGACAGCGUGAUAGUAAAAGUUUUGAAGAAACAAGGGGCAAUACCAUUUGUGAAGACCAACAUUCCCCAAAGCAUGAUUAAGUAUACUUUAGCACACUCUCUUCUUUUGUAAUUCCCUGUUGCUUUCUCUUUUUACAAAUAUACCAUAGGACUAAGAAAAAAGAAAUAAAAAUAGUGAGUAGCUUGGCUUUCCAAUGUAGCAAAAAACACUAUGGGGGACAUUACAGAGAUUUGGGGCUUUUUUUCAGACGGCACUCACCAGAACUCAGUUCUGGCACCUUUCUGGUGGGCGCCAUUGCCAUUCUAAGAGAAUGAGGGAGCUGUUUAUGGCAUAUUUUCUGGAAAAAUAGCAUUGCAGAGUUUGAUAGAUUAUGAUCAAUGUGGGGGAGAGUGAUUUGGGAGGAAUUAUUAAAUAGGAAGCAUCUCUUCACAAUUAAGAUAGGGAAUUUACUCCUAUAAUAUGUUAUGGCAGACAAACCCUGCGCCAACAGCGUCCACUCACUUAACGAGUAGAUAAACUUUUGCCAAGUUAGAUCACUGAGCCAUUUAGCUCAGUUUGACUACCCUGAGUGGAAGUGGUGGGUCUUCAAGGAUUCAGACAGGAGGGUUUCACACCCCUACUUGAAGAUGCCGGAGAUAGAAACUAGGAUCUUUUAUAUUAUUAAUGAAAUCUGUUCUUCAUAUACUUCCAAUGAAAUUUUACAUUUCUCUCUCACCCCAUAAAGAGCAUUCUCUUCCUGGUGAAGGGGGCAGGGCUUUUGUUAUGUACCUCAUUGCACUCACAUGUGCAUCUCCAGUGGGCAUAGAGCUGGGAUGAAGAACCUGUGGGUUUUGCUGGGCUACAACUCCCAUCAUCCCUGACUAUUGACCGUACUAGCUUGGGUGCUGGGAAAUGGAUUCCAACAUGAUAGGAAGAGCCAUAAGUUCUCUACUUCUUCCUUAAAAGGACACAAAUGAGGUGGUUGACUGGAUUUUACCAGAAUGCAGGUGGUUGGUGGUAUUUUUGAAUGCUUCCCACACAUCAAAUGUUGCAUAGCAGGGAGUAUGCAGAUUAGAACUUUUCCCCUGGUUGAAUAGUUAUUUAUUUUCAGGUAACUUUUUAAUGAACUUUUUUUCAGUUGUGUGGGUUUCCCACAGGCAUCUGAUUGGCCACUGUGACAAUAGGAUGCUGGAGUAGAUGGGUCAUUAGUCUGAUCCAGCAAGCUAUUCUUAUGUUCUUAAUAGUGGCAUUCCCCACCCACAGUCAACUCUUCAACCUUAGGAUUCUACCAACUUUUUCUUCAGGAUGUCUACAUUAGCACUGGUUUUUAUUACUCACCAUGCUAAAUGAAACAUCUACGUUCAGAGAAAAUACAUCUCAGAAGAGGGGAUAAGCUAUUUCCACUACAUCCUUCUUGUGCAUUUCUCUGCAGCAUCUGAAUGACCAUGAGUGAUUCUGCAAGAUGGUUCUUAUUUCAUUACCUUGCAUUAGUCUUUAUGGUGUCAUUCAAGGGCAUUCCCUGUAUUUCUCAAUUGUCUGAUGCUAUUUCCAUUCUAUUAUUUACCUACUGGGCAAUAUUCAACUUAAUAGUUGUGCUAUUGGAAGGAAUAGUGUUAGCAUAAUGGAAUCCCCCCCCCAACCCGGCACAUGCUUUGCUCAGUCCACAAAUGUGCUCCAGAACCCAGAACAGAUUUAGGGGAGGGGUUUGGGGGGAACAUUUCAUUGCACAAGCAGAACUCCUUGUGCUGUUGGAACAUUUUGUUUAGCUCUGUGUUGGAUGCAACCCAUUGUCUCAUGCUUUGUUUGAGUAUAAGGCAUAAAGCUCCUAUAAAACGUUAAUGGUCAACCCGCUUUCUACUUCACUCAGUUAUGACUGCAGCAACUUAAUCUUUGGUCAGACAAUCAACCCCCUGAACCACAAGAAAAGUCCCGGUGGUUCCUCUGGAGGGGAAGGGGCACUCAUUGCAGGAGGAGGGUCCCUCUUGGGCUUUGGGACAGACGUCGCUGGAAGCAUUCGGCUCCCAUCAAGUUUCUGUGGGCUUUGUGGACUCAAACCAACUGGUAAUCGACUGAGGUGGGUCCUGGAAAGUUCACUCAAUUAACUGGUCCUGGGCUGGCAGAUAGUCAAACAGGUGAAUGUUAAUGGAAUGUGUUUAUUGAGCAUUAGUGGGAGAUGCUUCAUUUGAGCAGAAACAACCAGUGCUUUUUGACUUUGCAUAUUGAAUGUAGGUAUUCCUGUAGUUCAGGAGUGGGGAACUUUGAGUCUGGGGAUGAAAUGUGGGCCUGCUCCCAUUACCAGCCCUGCACUGUGUCCUCCUUAAUUGUUUUUGGAUGGCUGGAAUGCAUUUUUUUUAAAAAUGCAUUUUUAUUCCACAAAAUGCAGUGGCUGUUUUACAGAAGCAGUCUCCUUCCCCCUCCCCGUACAUGCAGCAUAAUGCCUUGUGUUUGUUGAGAUGAAGAGAUGCAUGUGUGUGUGUGUGGGGGGGUAUAGAAACUUCUGCCUUUGGUGUGGCUGGACUGUCGCCUAUAAUACCAAAAGAAGAGUCACAUCCAUCAGUCCAGCCACUUUUUCCUUCUAACCCUGCCAGCCAUGGGCCUGUGGCCCCAGGAAUGUUGCUCACAAGAGAAUGUGGCCCCUGGGGCUGGAAAGGAUUUAACACACUUCCUUGACUGUGAUAAAUAUUCCAAUUUUAUGCAUUCAGAGAUAAUUGGAGCAAAACUAAAUUUAUUGUCAUAACUGUUACUGCUACAUUUAAAUGCCCUGGGCCACUUUAGGAGGGAGAGUGGGAUAUAAAUUUAUAUGUUUCUAUUAUUUUAAUUAUAAUUGAUACAUUAUACCCAACAAUAUUAUAUACAAUAUUAUAUAUUCUUUUUAAGUCAGUACUUUAAAUUUUAGUUUAUUACAUAAUUUAUUUGCUAUACAUUCAUUCACGUUAUAGAAGUUGCACCUGGCUAUCUGAAACAUGUGAUUGCUCUGUUCUUAAUAUCAUGCUACAUCUAAAGUCAAACUCGAUUCUCUCAUGGUAAUAUUUACCAUGCCAGCAAAUCGUAACUGAAUGAAUUGUUAACUCCAGUGUAGCUGAACUCUAGUAUCAUUUCUGAAUGCCUGCAUCUGAUUUGCAACUGAAACAUGGAUCAUCUUCUACUGUGUUGAUAGUUACAACUCUUUUUCUCUCAUUUGCAUCAUUCCCAGCACACUUGGUCUUGCUAGCCCUAUUGCUGGCAUGAAGUCGGGUAAGUAAUUUUAACCCAUUCAGAUUAGUAAAAGAACCUGCAACUAUGCUAGGAACUUGCAUGUCCUUUCAGUGACAUUAGAGUGUAUUUAAAUAAUGUAGUCCUCUUGCUGUAAACCAGGGGUAGCCAUUGGGGUCCCUCUAGAUAUUUCUGGACUUCAACUUCCAUUAUCUCACAUUGACCAUCUGCACGUUGACCAUGUUGAAUGGGGCUGAUGGGAGCUGGAAUCCAGCAUCAUCUGCUCACCAUGUUGCUUAUCCCUACCAACCAAAUCAUUAGUAUGGUAGCUCUGAACUAAAAUAACUGAAUGAAGUUUGAACUUUUGGUUAUAAGAGCAGAGAUCACAGUGCAUCCUAUUCAGACUGAAAUCCAUUGUGUGUCAGUGGAGUUGUGUACCUGACUUUCACACCUGAAAGUGAACUUGGGAAUUUUAAACCCAGUUUUUCUGGGUUACACUACUUGUCCAUUUAGCCCAGUAUUGUCUAAUUCCCCUACUAUGUGACUAUUUUAACUGGAGGUGUCUGUGUUUGAACCUGGGACCUUCUGUGUGUAAUGCAUGUGUUCUACCACUGACCUGUGUGGUUCCUCCCCCUUUCUUGGCUACUGGAAUGUAGACUUGGGCAUAAAAGUCCACAUGCUUUCUCCCCUCCACCUCCUAUGUCUCCAUUUUCUUUGCAGUUACAGCAACAAUUGGCCCAAUGGCAAGGGAUGUGGACAGCCUGGUUCUGUGCAUGAAGGCACUCCUGUGUGAUGAGUUAUUCUCCCUUGAUCCUUCAAUACCACCUAUGCCAUUCAGAGAGGAGGUAAGUGGUGUCAGUGACGAGGGAGAAGCUGAAACAUUCAGCACCAUGGACAGCACAACCCUUGGUCAACAAUGAAUGAUGCUUUCCAUGAGACCCUUUCAAAUAAUUUAUACAACGAUCGUAACACUGAGAAUGUAUGAUCUGAUGCAGUUCUGCAUCUGCCAAUAUUUUGGCCAUUUAAUUGACUCCUGGUGCAUCAGUUUCAUCAUAUCAGUUCAAACUCAGCCCGUUAACUGUUCCACAGACCCAGUGUCCCAUAGCUUCUUCAGUAAGACUUAUUAUUUUGAUCAACUUCAAAUACUUUGCAAUAUUAUUCCUGUGGCACAUGAAAGAUUUGGAAGAAAAGUUUCUGAACAAGCUAAGCUUUCAUUGGAGGAAUAUGUAGCAAAACUUCUUACUUGGGAUAAGUCAUUUCCAGCCUCAUUUAUUGCACUCUCACUAUGUAAAGAACCAGGGCUAUCCAUAUAAGACAAAUUAAUUUCAUCCUGCCACAAUAGCCUUGCAGUUACCUUUGCCUCCCUUCCUCCAGCUGCUCCAGUUGCUGAUUCACAAUAGUCCAGCAUAGAUUUCUGGGCUAAAUUUGGCAAUAGAGUUCCAAAUGAUUUAUCUGAAGCACUGCUGGUCUGUGCUUGUGUGGUAACCAUAUUAAAACUGUUAAAAGUGCAGGGUCUCCUUUGGUAGAGAUUAGCUUCUGAACAUUCUUUAUCAGCUGAAUGCUAAACACUCAAUCAAAACAGCUGUUCUCCCAGCACUUGUCCUCCAAUUAAAAUAUAUGGCUUUUAAGUCCACAUAAGAGUAAAACAGAUAAAACAGAUAUGCUCCUUGCUUGUAUGUGCCAAUUAACAUCAACAGCUGAGCCAACUGGCUUUAAAAUUAUUCAAAAUAAAAAUAAAUUUAAACAGGCCAUGGAGCUCAAGGACACAAGCAGCCUUACUUGUAGCAAUCUUCACCUGGAAAUCUAGAAAACCUUCAAGGCAUUCUAUAUUCUGUCACCUUCCAAAUCUUUUGAUCAGUGUUGAAGAAACAGUCCCACUGCAGGGAUCCAUGAUGUGGUUUAUAAAAGUGGUUGGAAGCUAUUUCUAUGCUUCAAUGGCCACCUGUAAAUAGAAGUUCCUAUUUUCUUCAUCUUCUUCCAGAUAUACAGCAGUUCAAAGCCCCUACGGAUUGGAUACUAUGAAGACGAUGGCUAUUUCCAGCCAUCUCCCAGCAUGAGGAGGGCUGUUCGGGAAACCAAAAAUCUUCUUCAACUCAGAGGGCAUACAGUAUGUCUGUUUCUUAAUUUCUUCACCCAGAUUCCAUUCUAGGAUUUUGUUUGUAUCUCUGACACUUUGCCCCAGCUGCUAUGGUCAUGUGAUGAACACUGUCAGAUCUACAUUGCUUUCAGUUUUUGUUAUUGGGUGGGGGAAUGAGGCCCAGUUCACACCAUGCCUUGUCCAUCCAGACAUUCUCCUUGCCUUUCCCUGCUAUAUAUUCAUGAAAACAAGCACAGUAUGUGAACCAGGCAAUUGUAAUUAUAUUAGAUUUCUUAUGUAUGUAUUUGUAUAACAGAAGAGCUGUGAAAAUAUGCCAUUAAAAUAUGCCAUUUCUCUACAGUUAGGAAUUCUGUGCAGGAAAAAUGCUUGUAUACUGUCAUGCUCGAUGAACAUGAAUAUCUUUCACCACAUGUGCACACUUGGUUCUAACACAUAUUUAGUUGCUCACAUGGAUACACAGUUUUAUACACAGAGUGUGGAAACCUCCUAUGUGGGAAAUUUAUUGCACAUACAUUGGCCUUAAUAUCAACCUAUCUGGAAUUUUGGAAACCAAUCCACACAACUCAACAAAUCUAUGCAAGUGCUAGAGAGUACAUUCCAUAAGAAACGGCUGCUAAUCCUGGUCCUCAGAAUGUAUCUGUGUGACAUUUUGUUUAAACACUUGUGUGUGGUAGUCAAAAUUUAUCUGGGGUAUACAUGAAGAACAUAAUAGGCCCAGGGCUUAUAAUUUCUGGGGCAAAUUAGCUGCAAAAUGAGGAGAGAGCAUAGAAAAUUUCCAUUCCUGUUGCACUUCUACCACCCAACCCUUUACUAGAACUUUGCUUCAUUUUCCUCAACACUUUCAGAGAGCUCUCUGAAUCUAUUAAAGAGUGGGGUGGAUUACAUAAUCCUUAUGUGCAGCUCAUAUAAUUUUGCCUGCUGUCAAAUAAAAGCUGUUAUCUUUUCUUCACAGCUCAUCCCCUUUGUUCCUCCUCGGCUUAAUUAUGUGGUUGAUGAGCUCUACACCAAAGGCCUAUUUUCCGAUGGAUGUGCAAAUUUGCUGGACAAGUUGUAAGUAGACGUUCUGGUAUGUGAACAUGGCUGUUGCUUGAUAACAUUGCUAUUAUAGCCAUGCAUUGGAAAAGCGUGAUGCCCAGGAUAGCUUUUUUGAUAAUAAUUGGCACAUUAAUAAAUAACAGAUUUUCAUCAGAGUAUGUUUAAUGCUAGGGAAAACUCAGGGAUAGGAAAAGUUCAUUUUGUUUUUCCGUGCACUGCUCUGGCUUGCCAGAAGCGGCUUAGUCAUGCUGUCCACAUGACCCGGAAGCUGUACGCCGGCUCCCUCGGCCAUUAAAGCGAGACGAGCGCUGCAACCCCAGAGUCGGCCACAACUGGACCUAAUGGUCAGGGGUCCCUUUACCUUUACCUUUACCAUGCAAAGCACAUAGCCAAAUGGAGCCAAGAGGAUAAACUAACUUUGGCUUCACAAACUUUGCAAUAUAAGAAGUUAGGCAGCCAUGAGCUACAACACUGAAUGAGGCUAUUGGUUCCUCUAAGUCAGUGCUACUGGCAAAGACUACCCAAGGUAACAGAGGUCUUUUCACAGGCUUGCUACCUGAGCACUUUUUCAAUGUAGAUAUCAGGGCAGAACUUUUGUUUUGUUGUGUGCAAAGCAGGUGAGCUAUGAAACUAUCUGUAAGCUAGGAAAUCAGGAAGGCAUCAUUCCAAGUUUAUUCUCACUUGGGAUUCUCAGGAACCUAAAUUCUUUCCCAGGUUAAGCAAUGUAACUUCAGAUAUAAAAACUGAAAAACUUCCUUUUCUUCUUCUUUCAUCUUCCAGCAAAGGAGACAUUGUGGACCCAAAUUUGAAAUCCCAGAUUAAUUGUUACCGUCUUCCCAUCCUAGUGAAGAGAAUUUUUGCAUUCCUCUUGAAACCUAUAGUAAGUAUUUGGCUCCUUUGUUUCACUGCAACUGCACGUGCUUUAAGAUGCUGACAAGCAUAGGGUAGGAUGGCUGGAUAGAGUAAGGUGAGUACAUGUCAAAGAGAUGAAGUGACUGCUCUGUACAGUGAUACCUCUAGUUAUGAACUUAAUUCGUUCCAGAGGUCUGUUCUUAGUCUGAAACUGUUCUUAACUAGAGGCAUGCUUUCGCUAAUGGGGCCUGUUGCUGCCACUGCGCCGCCGGCACAAGAUUUCCGUUCUCAUCCUGGGGCAAAGUUCUCAACUUGAGGUAACUCUUCCAGGCUAGCAGAGUUUGUAACCUGAAGCAUUUGUAACUCGAGGUAACACGGUAUUCAACACCAAUGAUGUGAUUGUUGGGGAUUCACAAUGAAACUAAGCUUGUGUUUCUCUCCAGUACCCUCGGAUUGCCAGAGAUCUCAAUGCACUAUGUGGAGUUGGGUAAGAAACAUCUGGUUUAAAGAUUAUCAUUGGUGACAUUAGCCUUGGGGGUAAUCUGCUGGGGGGCACAUGCAACUGCGGGUAUUUUUCUUUCCAUUUCCUUCCUCUUCCUCUUCCAACACCCUCUUCUAUCCUGCUUCCUCUUUGCCCAGCAGACUGCCAGGGAAGAGACGGAUCUGCUCUUCUCAGAGGACAGAACUGAUCACUUGCAGACAGUAUUUGUAAUUAGGCUGAGGUUCAAAUGAAGUUAUUCCAAGGAUCAUGUGCAGCCCUUGGGCCACAGGUUGACCACUUCUCCUGUGAAACGUAAAGUUUCAUCACCUUCCAGCAGCAAUGGGGAUGCUUGGCCCCUCCAGAUGUAGCUGGACUGCAACUCUUGUUAUUCCUGACCGUUGGACAUGCUGGUUGGGUCUGAUGGGAGUUGGGAUCUAAUGACAUCUGGUGGGCUGCAGGUUCCCUAUUACUGGCUUUCAGGAAGUACAGAUGGAAGGGAGAGUGUAGUACCCAGCAAAUGGACUGUAUGUUGGCAACUUUGCUCUAGUCACAGAGGAAUGCUGUCUGUAAGGAAAUCUGGAUGCUUUCAGGUCCCAUUUAUCUCUAUAGUUUGGCAGGCAACUUUAAGGUUAAUGCAAUAUGUAUAUAGCUUCAGUGCUAUUCUGCUAUGCCUUUCAUAUGACAGCAGGCAUCUUUGGGAGGCUGCAAAGUGGUGCAGAGGUCAUGAGGCACAAAGCAGGAGAGUCUGGUUCCUCAUCCCUUCCAGUCCCACGGAGUGAUUGACUCAGUCCUCUUUUGAUCUCUUAUGAAGAGAUUGAUUGUGAAUUACCACAUAGCCAAUGAACAUUAACCAGCACGGGGUGGGCGGCAUCCCAUUUUUGUACACUGUUGCAGAGCCACGGUGGAACCAUCCCAUUUUUUUUUCCUAAUCAUGCUGACACAUUUUAAGCAGCACUCUUGAGUACUUCUCUUUCUGCUGGGCAGUCAUCUCUUCAUUAUUUCCAAUGUUGCAGGUCAGCAAAAAACCUAUGGAACCACCAUGUGGCAGCAACGGUGAGUUUAUGUUUACCAUUAAGGCUUCAUACACCCAAAUUGCAAUUAAUUAUGAAUGAAAUUUUAGAUAAAGGAGAAAUAUCUAACUCGUGGCAAGAAGCAUUAAUAACCCUUAUCCCAAAGCAAGGUACAGAUUUGAGACUUAUAAAAAAACUACAGGCCAAUAUCUUUAUUGAAUAUAGACUAUAAAAUAUUUACUGGAGUCCUUGCAAAUAGAAUGAAAACUCUGCUAAAAAGGAUAAUUAAAAAAGAUCAGGCAGAAUUUUUACCAGCCAGACAAAUAAAGGACAACACUAGAAUACUAGAAUAAUUAUAGGAAUGAAUCCAAGUAAAGAAAUUGUAAUGCUUUUAGUAGACGCUGAAAAGGCAUUUGACAGUGUCUCUUGGAAAUUUAUGAUCAAAACAUGUGAAAGCUUAAAUUUAGGUAAAAGAUUUAUGAAUGGAAUUCAAGCAAUCUACAAAAAACAAACAGCUAAAUUAAUCCUAAACAAUGAAAUUACAGAAGAAUUUGACAUCGAGAGAGGGACGCGACAGGGAUGUCCUUUAUCCCCACUUCUAUUUAUAACAAUAUUAGAAACUCUAUUAAUAGCUCUGAGAAAGGAUGAAGAAAUAAAGGGCAUAUGUCUUGGGACACAGUGUUAUAAAGUAAGAGCAUCUGCAGACGAUGUGAUCAUUACAACCGAAACACCAAAAUAAAGUAUAAAUAAAGCAUUGGAAAGGAUGAAAGAAUUUGGUGAAGUAGCAGGAUUCAAAUUGAACAAAGAUAAAUCGAAAUUGAUAACUAAAAAUAUAGGCGAGAAAGGAAAAAAGGAAUUAGAAGAAAUAACAGGACUAAAAAUAGAAAAUAAAGUGAACUAUUUAGGGAUAUGGAUUACAAAUAAAAAUACAAAUUUAUUUAAGGACAAUUAUAUUAAAAAAUGGAAAUAAAUUAAAGGAAGUAUGGACAAAUGGGGAAAAUUAAAACUAUCAUUAGGAGGAAGAAUAUCUAUGAUUAAAAUGAUGAUACUCCCCAAAAUUCUAUUUUUAUUCCAAACGAUUCCAAUUGUAAUAGGAACUAAAUAUUUUAUAAGCUGGCAAAGAGACCUUGCAAAUUUUAUAUGGCAGGGGAAAAAAAGCAAGGAUAAAAUCAGAAGUAAUGAUGGGCCCAAAAGAAAGUGGAGGAUUCGCAGUGCCAGAUUUAGGGAAGUAUUUUGAGGCAGUGUGUUGGUGCUGGAUAAAAAAAUGGAUAUUAUUAAAAGAUAAUGAAGUCCUAACAUUAGAGGGCUGGGACAAAAUAUAUGGAUGGCAAGGCUACUUAUUCUAUGAUAAAAAAGAACAACACAAAAAAUUUACAAACCACAUAGUAAGAAAGGCUCUAUUGGAUGUCUGGGAAAGAACAAAAGGAAAAAUUAUUGAGAAAACUCCCCAAUGGAUUUCGCCAGUGGAAGCAACUACAACAUUAAAGAGUAAUGUAAAAGAGACUUGGCCAACAUACAGGGAAAUAUUAGAGGAAGCAGAUGGAAAUAUUAAAUUAAAAACUUACGAACAAUUACAAACAUUUAGAAUAAAUUGGUUACAAUAUUAUCAAUUAAAAGCAACUUAAGAAAAAGACAUAAAAAGGGGGGGAUUUGAAAGUAAAACCUCAAAAUUAGAAAAGGAAAUACUACAGAGUGAUCAAAAAUACUUGCAAAAAUGUAUAGACUAUUAAUGAAAACCACCCUAGAACAAGAGACGAAAGGGGAAAACAUGUUAAAAUGGGAGCACGAUUUGGGAUAUGAGAUAGAUCUGGAAAGAUGGAAAACUUUUUGGGAGGAAAAUAUAAAUUUUACUGCUUGUGAUUUAUUAAGGGAGAAUUUCAGAAAAAUGCACCACAGAUGGUACCUAACCCCUGACAGAUUGUCAAAAAUAAAUAAAAGGAACAACGACAAAUGUUGGAAAUGUAACAGAACAAAAGGUACAUUAUAUCACAUGUGGUGGACUUGCCCAAAGAUUAAAAUCUUUUGGGACAUGAUCCAUGACGAAAUAAAAAAAUUGAUAAGGACAUCACAUUAAAAAAAGGCAGAGGCAUAUUUAGAUAAAGAUAUCCCCAAAGAGAAAAUUAACUUAUUUCUAUACGCGACAACAGCGGCAAGAAUUAUGAUUGCUAGCUACUGGAAAGAGGAAAGCAUCCCAACAAAAGGAGAAUGGUUGGGGAAACUUUGCGAGUACCUGGAAUUAGCAAAAUUGACAGAUAUAAUAAGGAGAAAAUCCAAAACUAUGGUUAUGAAGCAAUGGGAGUGUUUAAAUGAUUAUUUACAAAACCAGGGCUCAACCACAAAAAUCUGGUUGUGUUUAGAAUAACCUUGUGCGUAAUAUAAAAAAAAAAAAUAAAUACAAAGAGAGACAUUAAGGAAACCCAAAGGGAAAAUAUGAAGAACAGAGGCUCUGAAGAACGGAUUAUUAAAAACGCGUGAGGUAAACGGUGGAAGUCUUUUUUUUCCUUUUCCUUUUUCUGUUUUUUCUUUUUUCUUUCAAAAGAAACAAUUUGUUUAAGGUAGAUAAGGACAAGACGAAAUUAUACAAUUGAAUGUAAAUGUGGAUGGGAAAUGGCUAUGUAUUGUGAGUGCUUAUCUAUUUUGAAAAAAAUUCAUAUAUGAUCUGUUUUUUUUACUUUUUUAUUCUCUUUUUGUUCCCUUUUUCUUUAUUCUGAUAUCUUACAUUUCAUUUCACUGUGUUAUCAUGAAUGGCAUUUUAUAGAGGUAUAAAUAACUGUAAAUAUGAAAAGAGACAAAAUAUUUUCUAAUUCCUUUUCCUUGGAUAGAUGUAUUUGUUUUUCUCUUUUGUAUUUUCUUUUGUUGUGAUUAUGUAUUUUAACUUGUAUUGAAUAAAAAUUUAUUAAAAAAAUAGAUAAGGCUUCAUACAAUAACUAGAUUGCCAUCUAAUCUUGUCCAGUGAGCUAUGCAUAUAUGGAUGUUCAACAGAUGCUAUAUUUUUUUUGACACAGAAUGGAUUUCCAUAUAAGAAUGAUACUAUACAAAACAGCUCUAUGAGUUGCUUCACCUGAGAUCUUUUGUUUUUGGCUGUUAACAGAAACACCACAUUUUAAACUCAGAUUUGAAGGGCAGGGGGUCUGUUUUCUAUUUCACUUCUAAAAUGCAUUAAGAGACCCUUCAUACUUGAUGGGUAGUGUGUGUAUUUUUACUGGGGUAUUGUUUGUAGGCUGUGGCAGACCCUGCUUUUUUAAAAGAGACCUUGUUCCAUUAUCAGCUACAAUGCUUAUAUCCCAGCUGGAUCACUGAGGUAAUCUGUAGGAGCAUCAUCUCUUGCCCCCCAAAUUGGUGAGACUCAUUUGACAAGAAACUGAGCCUUCAGGGUUGUUUGCCUACAUGCUCCUCCAAUAGAGAGGUGCCUUCUGCAUUGACUUUCAAGGAUUUGCUAAAGUUGCUUCUUUGCUGCCAGACUUAAGCAGAUGCUUCAGAUAAUACGAUAAUUCUGUUAAAGGCAUCUCUUUUUUGAUUGUUCUUAUGGUAUUUUAAUUGCUGUAAACCCCUUUGGUAUUUUUUUUGUGGGUAUUAAUAUUUUCAUAAAUAAUAAAUAGAACAAAGGUGGCGAUCUCGUCAUUCCAAUAAGAAAGUUUCUGUGUGUUCACAAUUUCUCUUGCUUCCAACUUUACCAACAUUCUCUUUACAGAUGUAUCGUGAAGAAUUCCUCGCUGAAUGGAGGAGACUGAAACUGGAUGUCAUCCUCUGCCCUGCUUUGGGUCCAGCGUUUAAUGAGGGCUAUCCUGGGAAACUAUUUGGUAUUAUCUGUGUCCCAGUAAUGUCUACUGUGGGUGACAUGUGGCCUCCCCACCUUUCCAUAGCAGUAACAUAAAUUCUUGUCUGUUUCUCAACUCCCUUUUUAUCUUCCUACAUGCCAAAAACAUACUUAGCUCAAGAUGACCAAGGGGUCAAAAUGUACGAAUGUGGGGCCGUUUGGUGAAGGCUACAAGUACAAAUAAUAAAUAGCUACACACGUCAAAUAAGAGAAUUAACUGGAAGCAUAUCGUGAAGUUGAGCAGUUCACUCCUGGACCUGUGAGCAGUUUGGCUCAUGCUGAUUGGGGCUGAUGGGAGUUGUAGUCCAACAACAUCAGGAGGGCACCAUGUUGCCUUGUUUUGCCUCUGGUUUCAGCUUAACUUAAAUGGGGGGAAAUCCCAGUUAGCUAUGGUUUCCCUUCAGAGUAGUUCUAAACAACAGCAAAAGUCUUGCUCAAAUUAAAAACAAAAGCAAAAACCCAGGUCACGUUAUUUAUAGCUUUUCUGUACUUUCAGCUGCUACAUCCUACACCAAUUUAUACAACCUCCUGAACUUUCCUGCUGGAGUUGUGCCAGUCACCACUGUUUCUCAAGCCGAUGAAGAAGAGCUCAAACACUACACAGGGCAUUAUGGUGACCCUUGGGACAAGCGCAUGAAAGAGGUCGGCGCACAUUUACCAGAAAAAACCCACCUGCCUUUCCCCAGUCCUUAUGCUACCUAACUAUACCUUGAAGGUUUCUAAUGCUGUUGGGUUGUCCUGUCUUUUUGCCUCUCCAUUUUCAGGCUGUCAGCGAUGCUGUUGGGCUCCCUGUGGCUGUCCAGUGUGUGGCUGUGUGUUGGCAAGAGGAGCUGUGUCUUCGGUUCAUGAAGGAGGUGGAGACUCUUGUUCAUGAGAGGAGAACUCCAAAAUGAUUAUAGCAUCAAUACUAAUGGAACAAUGCAACCUACCACAGUGAGGGUUAGAACAUCUCCAAGUUCACUUAUGAAAUAUUUUAAAAUGCAGGUUAAGGCGUGGUUAUUUGUGAAAUCCAACAUCCUACUCAGCGGGAGGCUAUUUAUGACUAAGGCCUAGUUCUCACAAACAGCAGAAGUCGUGCUUGCACUGUACUACUUCAGAUUGUACAUGAUCAAAUGUUUCUAUAUUCAGAAUAUACUCUCAUGUAUAGAAUACAGCGACCUCAUACUCAGCAUUAUUCAGGAAUUAUAAGCGACCCAAAAAUCAGUUAAGCUUUCGUAGCUUGAGUCCACCAUCUUGAUUCACAAUGGCAUAUAAAUGAAAUGAAGCAUAAUCAAAAAUCUGUUACUGAUUUCAGGAAAGAUUAUGCACAGUUUGGUUAUGAUAUAUCUUAAGUGUUGUCCAAAUGCAUAGUGAACAAACAACUUCUCAAGUUACAGACUAGCAUAUCAAGGAGAAAGCUAGGCUAGACUCCCACAGAGCAAAUGAGAACUUUUGUUCCUGAGAUUAAUGGCACCAAGAAAUAUUAUUUUUGAGGACUGUGCAGGGAAGAAAAGGUUAUUCUACUUCACUUGAUGCCCAAUAGUAAGUGGCUUCCCACUGUGUCUACUUUCAAUUAAGGGAAAAAGCUAGAGUUACAUCUUGUUUGGCCCUCGUGUUGUGAUUAAAAUGCGUUUUGUAUUCUUUAAACAUGGUUCUAGUAAGACAGCCACCCUAAUAAAGCAGCAGCAUGAGGGGCAACUUGUGUAUUGGGCAACCUAGUAAGGCAAUGCUUGUUAGAGGCAUCUAUGCUUGUGAUAUAGCCAUUCUUUAUUACAAUGAUAUAAAACAAACCUCUUAAUUCUACCCUAUCCUUUCAUCUUAAAGUUAAGUGUAUAUAACUCAGAUAGACUGAAAAUUAGUAGCUCCCUUGAUAUCAAGGCCAAAUAUCCUUAGCAACUGCUUAGCGACCACAUAUCAGAAUAGACACAUUUGUGUGGAUGGUGUUUGCUUUUGGAAGCCAAGAACAAAGAUUCAGGGUGGGGCUUGUAGAUGUGAGGUGUGAAGAUCAACCUGGAAUUGUGGUGCAAGCAAUCUGGACUUCGCUUCUUACUCUAGGCCUACUGGCUUCUUCCAUUAAUAUGAAGAGGACAACACCGAGGCAAACCUGGAUUUUGGCAGUGGAUUCUGGAAAUGGAUAAUGUUGUAUCCUAAUCUAUACAAAAGCAGUUCUCUCUUUGUUCCAGUUUGGAGAAGGCUACAUAUUGAAGCACCAAAGACCCAACACCUGCUUGCAGGCACCUCCAUCUCCCACACCUCACCUUCUUCCUAUUUUUGCUUGACACAGUGAUCAGCCCAUCCUUGGUAUGUGUGUGGAUUAGGGUUAGUCUGCCUAGGUAGCAUAACUCCUUCUAUCCAAUUUCUAUUUGCAUUUUUCCCAGGGCAACGUUCCAUAAGGGAGAGAAUGCCGCUCACGUGAGUAGCGUUGCCCCCCACCAAAGGCCCUUGCAAGCUGGUGCCUCUGUACGUAACGGGUCCCCUCCAAAAUAUUUCUUCACACGCCACUGCACAUGGUCUAUUUUCCAUUCUGCUUCUAAAAUGCACUAGGGGACUCUUACUUUUCUACUGGGAUAUUUCUUCGAGACUGUGCUCUUUUCAGAAUCAGCCACAAGGUGGCAAUGUAAUCAUCCUAAAAAAACAAAGUUUAUGGGUGUCUAGAAUCUUUCUCUUACUUGCAGCUUCACCAAAAUUUUCUUCACAGACUUACUGUGCAGAAUUCUUUGCCAAAUGGAGGAAAUUGAAACUGGGUGUCAACCUCUGCCCUGCUUUGGACCCAUCUUUUAAUGAAGGCUAUCCUGGGAAAUUGUUUAUCUGUGUGAUGCCCACUGUGUGGGAUGUGUGGCUUCCUACCCAUUCCAUAGCAGUGGCCGGCAUUCCUCUCUGUCUCCAGUGCAAAGCAAUGGGCUUAGUUUGAGAUGACCAAGGUGCAGAAGUGGACAGAUGUGGGAGUACAAUGAAGAAAAUUGAUAAAUGCAUCAAGUAUAAGAGAAUUAGCUGGAGGUGUAUUGUGAAGUUGAGCAGUUCACAUAGGGACCUGUGGGCAGUUGGGUGCUAUUUACCUUUUUAAAAAGGUAGUUGCUACUAGUUUGCUUCUUUCUUUCUCCAUUGUUUCUAUUGCAGGUGGCAUCAGUUAGUGAAACAAGAAGGUAAUUUAAUUUAACCCCCCUCAUCGAAUAGGCCAAAGAGUGGGGAGCUGCCGGAAACACACUAAACUGUAAUCAUACGACUGCCAGAUGAUGCUGGACUCCCACCGGCCCAGGCCAGCUUGGCCAGUGAUCAAGGUGUGGGGAUGUUAAGGACUGUAGGAAAGGAUAUAUUUAAUAAGUAUUAUCCUUCCUUCACUCAUGCUAGUAAGUGAUGUAGCAGAGCAGAUUCCCCUCAAUAUAGCUGGAAGCUAGUUUGCAGAUUCGUCUGAAUCUCUUACUUAAGAUUAUUUUCUGGUGUCCCCUUUUAUCCCUCCUAAAAGAAUAAAGACUCAAGAGUCUUUCUGAGUAAAGUAACAAAAAGUUUACUCACAUUUCAGUUCACGAUUUGAUCCCUGAAAGGCAGACUUUAGUUACACAAAGAAACUGUGUGAGUUUAUGUCAUAGGGAGAAUGAACUCAUGUGCUGCUGGCUGAGAGCCAGCAGACAGCAAAAUUACAUGAAGACAACAAAAUGGCUGCAGGAGAGCAGCAUGGCUGCAAAAGAUAGAACAAGACAACACUGGAGCAAGGCAACUUCAAGACUGAGAAAAUGGCUGCAUGACUUGGCUCUUUUUAUGGAGUCAGCCAGAGCCACACUCAUCUCCCAGAUCACAUGCAGGGGGAGGAAGCUCCAGACCAGUGGAACAGGAAGUUACACUGACUGGAUGUCCCCCUGCCUGUGUCCACUCUAGGGAAAUAAGGAAAGUUGCAUUUAACUGUACCAAUGGAUUACAUCCCACACAAGGAUGAUGGGUGAUGUGGUCCAGUAGCAUCUAGAGGGCCAAAGGUCAGCCAUUCCUGCUGUCUGUGACUGGAGACAUCUUUGUCCUUGGCUGCAUUUCUAUCUGGGAAAAAGGAGAUGCCAUUUUUAGAGCAAAGUAUGGAUGUACAUAGAUCAAAGUCUUCCGUUGCCUUCUCUUAUAGUACGAGCAGUCAGUAUGGUGUCCUCCUGAUGUUGUUUAGUUUCAGCUCUCAAAAUAUACUGUUUAAGUGUGCUAUACUGUAACAGUUCUUAGAGGAGUAACUACAGAAGCUGUGAUAACUAAAGAAGCAAAAACAACAAGGAAUUUAAGCCUUUAAGGUGGCACAAAAAUCUUUGAUGCAGAAUACUGGAAGUGAAAAGAAUAUAAAGCCAAUGUGGAUGUUGCCAAUUUUUGUCAACACUGUGCUUAAUCAUAGAAUUUUGCUGGAUGACCACAGUCAAAGGAGCUCUUAACAUAUCUUUAAACCAGUUAAUGUUUUUGGGGAAAGGCAUUAACUUUUGUAUUUCAUGGCUAUGGAAAAUUGUUUUUUCUUAGUUAUGUGCAAAAUACUAUAAAAUUAAAAUCCAUCAUGAGCGCCAGCAAAACAUUCCUUGUAUUCAGGACUUUCUGCCCAAGAUGCCAAACUGUCUUCCUUCAGCUGUCUGCAGUAAGAUGAUUAAACUAUUUCAAUUAUGUUUAAAUAGGCUUGUUAAAAGAAACUAUUUAGGAAUCCAUUAAAUUUUAUCUCUGGAUCAGCAAAAUGUUUUCCUUUCCUGCAUUUAAAAGUUAUAUACCAAAGAGCAAAAUAUGUGGUGGGGAGAGACUUGCCAAGGCAGGAGGGAAGUACAAAGAAGUCUCUUAUCUCACUAGGUAGUAGGUACAAUGCCUGACCAACUUAUUCCACUAAAUUGGAUAUGAGAUUUUAAAAAAAUAAAAAAUAAAAUGUUGUUCCCAAGCACAGUGAAAUUCCUCUUCUGGAAGUCUCUCGGAAAGAUUAGACGGCCUAUUUUGAAUAAAUAUGUGAAAUUCAGCUUUACUAAUCUUUCCACAUCCCUUCUCACCACUGGCUCACAUUCCACAUGUCGCUGUGAUGCAGGGUUUUCUCAAUCUCUGAUUUCAUCACCAGGCUGGUCCAUGCAUACCAAGAACAGGGUGGCAGGGUGAGUGAUUGAACGGCAGGAGGCUCCAUGCGGGCAAGAGGCUGGGCACUAGGCACUGCUCCCUUUUAAAGGGGAGAGGUGUCCUGGUCCUGGUCCUUGCCCAGCCUCCCUCCCCCCCCCCACCGCUCACCUGAUUGGCUGUCUGGGAAGCUGGUUUUUGCAGUGGGAAAUGCACAGUUGGAUUGGGAGGUCUUGCACACACACACACACACACACACACACACACACAGUUGUGCGAUGUGAUCCCUCAUUCCCCUGACUCCUGGGCCACUGCAUGCUGCUCCAUGAAGCAAAUGGUGGCCCCCACAAUGACACAGCAAGCCUAUGUUGUAAGUAAAACAUUUUAAACUUACUUAGCAUUAUGUGCUCUGUUCAUUGCAAGAGGGACAGAAAGAGGGGAGAGUUGCCACAGACUAAAUGAUAUCUGAAAAGCCUAUAUUCCCAAAUAAUAUGACUGCAUGAGUUUUGUGAGUUUGAACUCUGCUAUUGGGGGCUCUCUCCUGCUGGAGAGUGAGUUUAGUCCUGCAUUUUGAAUCCAGGCAGCCAGGGGAUCAUUUUGUUAUUUACCCUGCACAUAUGGGCCACAGGGAUUCAUAUCCCCCCAUAUGUAGAUUCUGGUAACAGAUUGCCAUACCUCAAUUUAGGCCCCACCUGCACCCUACAUUUAAAGUAGCAUGAACAACCCCUUUCCCCAGGGAUCUCUGGGAGCUGUAACUUGUGAAGGGUGCUGAGAGACCCCAUUCCCCACACCAAACUACAUUUCUCCAGAUUUCAGGAUUAUUUAAACCUCUCUGAGAAUUGUAGCUCUGGUUCAGUAAAUCUAGAUUAGAUUAAUGCAAAGUUAUAUGGGGCUGCCUCUGAAGACAGUUCAGAAACUUCAGCUGGUACAGAAUUCAGUGGCCAAGUUGCUCACUGGGAUAAGAUGGUUUGAACAUAUUGCACCAAUCCUAGCGCAACUGCAUUGGAUGCCAAUUAAUUUCUAGGCCCAAUUCAAAGUACAGUGGUACCUCAGAUUAAGAACUUAAUUCGUUCCAGAGGUCCGUUCUUAACCCGAAACUGUUCUUAACCUGAAGCAUCACUUUAGUUAAUGGGGCCUCCCGCUGCUGCCGCGCUGCCGGAGCACAAUUUCUGUUCUCAUCCUGAAGAAAAGUUCUUAACCCGAGGUACUAUUUUGGGCUUAGCAGAGUCUGUAACCUGAAGCGUAUUUAACCCGAGGUACCACUGUAGUUGUUUUAAAGCCACCCUGUGAUCAUAAUCUGAGGCCCUUUGUCGUGUUUCUCUUCGCAGGAUGUCUGGACAGCGGCAACACAAGUGUGGGCCUUUUCUGUGGUGGCUCCCUGCUUGUGGAAUGCUCUCCCUGGGGAGGCUUGCCUGGUGCCUUUGUUGCAUAUUUUUAGGUGCCAGGCAAAAACAGCCCUCUUCUCCCAAGCAUUGGC